AUGAGGGCUCUCCCCAUGGCCGUCAGCCGUGGCGCCGUCGCCUGCGCCACCCCAGCCGCGGCCGUCCCCCGGAGAUCUCUGCUCCUCUCCACCGCGGCCGCAGGUGCAGCGCUGCAAUCAGAGCCGAUCAGGCUGUGCAGCAGGAGCACAAGCGGCACGGCGAAGCUCCGGGCCUCGGCAGACGCCGCGCAGGCUGUCGCCACCGCCUUCACCAGCAAAGAGGAAGCGUUCACUUGGGCCAGGGGGGACAACAGGAGACUCCUCCACGUUGUCUACCGUGUCGGCGACAUCGACAAAACGAUCAAGUUCUACACGGAAUGCCUGGGUAUGAAGCUGCUGAGGAAGCGUGACAUACCUGAAGAGAAGUACACCAAUGCUUUCCUUGGAUACGGCCCCGAGGAUGCCAAUUUCGUCGUCGAGCUCACCUAUAACUACGGGGUUGACAAGUAUGACAUCGGAUCAGGGUUUGGUCAUUUCGGCAUCGCAACUGAUGAUGUGGCAAAGACAGUUGAAAUCAUAAGAGCAAAGGGAGGCAAGGUGACCCGGGAACCGGGACCUGUCAAGGGUGGCAAGACCGUGAUCGCGUUCAUAGAGGACCCUGAUGGCUACAAGUUUGAGAUCCUUGAGAGGCCAGGGACUCCAGAGCCACUGUGCCAGGUGAUGCUCCGUGUUGGUGAUCUCGAUCGAGCCAUAAGCUUCUACGAAAAGUCCUGCGGUAUGGAGCUGCUACGGAAGCGAGACAACCCUGAAUACAAGUAUACAGUGGCAAUGAUGGGGUACGGCCCUGAAGACAAGAAUGCAGUUCUGGAGCUGACCUACAAUUACGGUGUCACCGAAUAUGACAAGGGCAAUGCGUAUGGUCAGAUCGCAAUAGGAACAGACGAUGUUUACAAGACCGCGGAUGUGGUAAAGCUGUCCGGAGGGCAGGUGGUGCGGGAGCCAGGUCCCUUGCCGGGAAUCGGCACCAAGAUCACGGCCAUCCUGGACCCUGAUGGGUGGAAAUCGGUCUUUGUGGACAACAUUGACUUUGCCAAAGAACUGGAGUAACCAUGUACAUUACAGUUUGAUCAGUAGCUCUAUGUUAAUUGACUCUUCAUUCUUACUAUUGCUGUAAACAUGAGCUUUUCAAAGAAUUUUGGAACCACGAAUAACAAGCUCAAGUCAGCGUGGGGGCAGCUCUAGUUGUAAAGUUGCAGGUUUCCCUGGAAAAGUUAUAAAUUAUAAGUUAGAUGUUA